UGGAGAAAAGACCCCCGGCCCCCCUUUUUAUGAGCGCCACGGAAAGCAAUUUACAACAGAGGACUAAGAACAGAGGGGGGGAGAAACUCCCCCGUCCUCACCCCUCCUGUUUCAGCGUUUUUGUGUGUUUUUGUGAGCUGGCAGACAUUUUUAGGAUGCCAGAGUCAAUAAGCACACAUCCGCGCAGGUCUUUAUUAUUGAUAUUGAACUCAAAUUGACCAAAAAGUCACAUUUGGAGUCGCAGCGCAGGGAAAUAAGCAGUUAAGCCUCUAAUCCCACAGUCAGACUUGAUACGAUCAGUCACGGGGGGAAGUCAUGCAGCAAACUUUAUUUUCCCUUGUGAGCCAAAACAAGAGAGAUUAUUCCAAUUUUAUCCAAUAUUUGCCCACACCCUGAGCUGUAAAUAUUUCAUAAAUCCUACAGUUGUGAAUUCCUGGCUCUCCACCAAGACGUAAUAAAAACAGGAGAAAUAUGCAAAGAAUAAUGUGCUUGUCAGGGGGACACAAAAACAGCCGUUUUGGGUCUGUUCUCGGAGGAUUUAUCCCACUACUCCUCAACAGGAGACAGAUUUCUGAAUAUGUGGAGUCCAAGGAGUAAUCGGUUCUUUCUUUGUAUAGAAAGGCUUCAGUUUUCAAGAACAGAGCUCACUUCUCCAGACUCUGUUGGAUCUGAGAGCGAUUUUAACCUGUGAACAGCUGAAGCAGUCGGUCCAGUCGACACUAAAGUGAUAAAAUAACAAAAACAAAGAAGAAGAAACGAACUUGGCAGGAUUUCACUCUCAGCUCUGUCUUUCUGUGAGGUGAAAUGACCUUUUUUUCUUUAUGUGGUCUGGCAGCUUUGGAGACGUAAUUGUAAAAGAGCAGAUAUUAGUUUAAAAAAUGAUUUUAAAUGUUGCUUAAAAAAAAAAAAAAAGUUUAAUCUGUUUAGGAGCAGAAACAGGCGUGUUCAGGGUUCCUAUACAGUUGGAGUUUCCAUACUUUUCCAAACCCUCCUUUUUAGAGUUAUAUUUGGAAAUACCUACUUUUCUAUUUUAGAUAGAUUAAGGUAAUAGUCUGGAAACAUAAAUAUUUUUCCAUACUUAAUUUUCAAUUUUCCAUACUUUUAAAACCUGGAAAUUGAUCAAAUUUAUUUCCACACUUUUCAAUCCUUUCCAUACUUGUGUAGGAACCCUAGGGCUGAUCCACACACAUGUGCACUCUUUACAAAACUAGUUUUCCUCCGUGUGCAUUUGCAUUUUCUGCUUUUGCUUCAUGCAUAUUUGCUUCCAUGUUUCACAGUUUCACUUGUUACUUAUUGUUUCUAAGAACUGCAGGAAUCACCUCAAGCAAAUCCUAAAUCAGUGCACCCCAACAGUUUACAUGUAGAUGUAGGGCUGGGUGAUAUGGCCUCAAAUCAAUAUCAUGAUAUAUUGAUCAGUUCACCUUGAUAACAAUAAAUGGACGAUAACUACUCCACCAGCUGCUCACCCCCUCCCACAUUAACUUCGUCUACUUCAGCCGCUCCAACUUUCUCUCCGUCCUCCAUCUCCUCACCUGUCUUUCCCUCUUUGUUACAGACUGGAUGGGGUGGAGUCACGUCUCUGACGUAGGACAGCGUCUUAAAGGGACGUGAGACCAUAGCCUACCUACACACAUCCAAAAACAACUUUUUUUAAUUUACUUUUUUGACACUGAACACACCGAUAUGGGCAAUGAUGUUGGUUAUUGUCGGAAAUUUCAGUAUCAGUAAAUUUUCAGUUUAUUAUCUAGCCCUACUGGAGCCUAAAUAUCAUGAUGAGGCAGCACCAACAAGUGUUGAUCACAGUGAAACACACUACAAGGUGGUUUAAACUUAGCCAUGUGAUGGAUAUUUAAAAGGACAGUCGAAAUAAUAACUUUUUCCGGUCUAUCGUCCAGCCCUAUGUAGACAAUAUUCAACAGAAUAUAAAACAGGCGAAAUAGAGGAUGAAGACGACGUAGCAGACUGCUCACCAGAUAGUUGUAGAUUUUUUUACAAACACUUUCAGGGCCGCCGUCAUCUGCACGACGUCUAAAACUAAUUUAGCCUCCCGAUACUUCAUAAAAAAAAGUGGCCUUAGCUUUUUAAAGCUGUUUCACCUCCACAACAAAGAGUAAAUUCAGGGACGUUAUCAAUCAAUCCUGAACUCACUGAACAAAUUGUUAGUAUCAUAGAGGAGAACAAGUGAGCCGGUCUGCAGGAUCUCAGGAGACAGAACAACAGCCUUAUCAAUAAGUGAUAACAGCGUACGAAACGGAACAAUGGGCGUUGAUUUUGAAAAGAAAGCACCACCUCGCCGCCGCCGCCGCUGCUGCUGCUGCUUCCCCAUCAGUGCUUUUCAAAUAACAGGCUCUUUUGUCUUAUCUGUGGAGGAGAGGAGCUCGAGGACUUUGCCCUUCAUCCCUUUGUUGUUACAGAGUCUCUGGUGGAAAUGGAAGAUCGGCCCGAAGGCGUGGGCGUGCGAGGAAGGGCUGGCAGCGGCGGCGCGGGCACAUCAGACUGGAGCUGUCUUAAUAAAGCUCCCCUCUAUCCACCCCAGAGAUCUCCUCACCCCAAUUAUACGCCUGACACCUCCACCCUCCCGCCGUCUCCUCUUCUUUCUCACACCCUCCACCCCUCCAUCUCAGCAUCCGGUUCCCAGCUCUGAUCAUGGCGCUCCCUUCGCCGUGCUCAAAGCCCCCAGAGGCCUGCACAUCGCCGGGCUGCUGGUGGCGUUUGUUUCACAGUCUGCCGCUCCAGCUGAGUCAGGGACGAAUCUUUUCUGGUAUCGACAAAAGAUCACAACUGCUCAGCCGCUGAGCGUGAAAACUUUCACUCUGACUUAAAGAAACAGUCGCCCACAGAUCCCGGUCUGACAUCUUAUUAUCUGAGGGGAGUUUACACCUUUACAUCAAACCUGUCAAUGCCGUUUAAGCGGAUCAUUAGAAACAACUUAACUGUAAGAAGCUAACCUGCAGAGACAUGCCUACAAGUCCCUCCGAGACUUUUUAAAAAUGAUCCAAAGAUCAGGUCUGACAACUCCACUCCUGAGACCGACUGCAUGUUCACAUCGUUUAUCUCCAUUUGAACGUGACAACCAAAGCUGGGAAAGCUGUCAAUCAAUCAGCAGCCGCGCCGACGGAGAAAUUACAACUUUUUUAAUGUUAAAAUUCAGAAACUUCACAGCAAAAAACAACCGCAAGAGCACCUCCAAAUCACAGAAAACCACCUCUCACUGCAAGUCUGAAACCUUUGAUAUGUUAACGCUUUUUAUGAAAAUCCAAACUCUGUUAUUUUUACUCUUGAUAGAAUCAAAAAGCGCCAACGUUUAACAGGCCGAAACAGAUGUUCACUCAUAUCCCAAACCAGAGGAGGAACAGAGAGACAGUGAAGGUGCAGCGGUCGAUAAUUUACAUAAAGUAGAGAGAGAAAGACGAAGCAGUGAAAGAGACUAAAACAACAAUUUCUAAGAUUUUCUCAGUUUCUAUCCUGAAUAAAAAACAUCCACAUCUAGAGCAUGAUGGCGCCAUUUCACGGUUUUGUCAUUUUUAACUUCAGUUUCAGUGAUGUGGUGGCAGCGCCGGAUCUAAACGAGUUCGUUACAGCGGAAAAAAGUGACACCAAAGCUGACAAAGACGCAGAAAAGUCAUAAAUAGUAACUGUUUUACCUCCUUCAGUAUUGGCCAAUACCGAUAUUGAUACUGAUAUUGGCACAAAAUCUUUUUUAAUAAUAAUAAUAAUGCAUCAGAUUUCAUAUAGCGCUUUAUCAGAGACCCUCAAAGCGCUUUACAUUGGAUACAUCAUUCAUUCGCUCACAGAAUCACACUUUGGUGGUGGUGGAAACGUGGCUGCCAUUCUGCGCCUACGGCCUCUCCGACCACCACCACACAACACUCACAAUCAUACACCAGUGGAGGACACACACUGGGAGCAAGGUGGGUUAAGUGUCUUGCCCAAGGACACAACGGACAGACUUGGAUUAGGGGGGAAUCGAACCGCCAACCUUCCGGUUAUUGGACGACCGCUCUACCUCCUGAGCUACUGCUGACUGGACUUUAACAAAAAAUACUGCCACAGGGCCGACAACAAUCCUAUUCCUAACUACUUUGUUAGUACCUUAGUACUUAGUAGUCAUGAUAACAUGGGCUCUACAUGCUCGGCUAGAUAGAAGUGCUGGAGCGGAGUCUGGAAUGGACUGCUUGUAUCAGAGGGCUGAUAUCAGAGAUUUUAGAUGCAGACCGUUAUAAUCAAAAAUGUGUCUUUAUGCUGAUAUUAGACCCACAUCAGAUGUUAAUAUCGGAUACAAUCUGAUAUUGAUAUCUAACCUUUAUCGGUAUCGAAUAUCAGUCCGAUGUUGUUAUCUGACCGAUAUCAGAUAUCAGUGUCUCAGGACAUCCCUAAUUAUAACUGAGGUAAAUAUUUCGCGCCCUCACGUCUCGGUUACAGAAGAAUUCACACUGAUAUCAAAUGGAUAAAAACAGAGUAAUAGCCAGUCACUGAGGCAGAUACAGAGGUCAAAGGUCAGAGAAACAGGCUCCAGCUUCACAUCGAUAACUGUACUUCAAACCUGAGUCUCCAUAACACUGAAUAUAUAUUACCAACCGUGAAUGCUGCAUGUAUCAUAACAACUUCGACAUAGAGCAGUACAAAGACUAACCUGUCAGCAUGAAGAACUCAUUUAUUUUAAAUAGUCCACAAAGUUAAUCCAAGACAAGAUUCUUCCUUUUUCACUGAAAAGAAAAACCGUGAUGUAUUUACUGUUUUUAUGAACGGGCUGUUUGUCAAAUAAAACAGUAAAAUUGUCAUUCAUGACACUUUCUAACUUUGCUACAAUUGAUUUGCUGAUAAAGCUCGGAAAUGAUAAAUGCUUCACAGAUAAAAAACAACACGAUCCAGAUAAGUCCGUCAUGAUUGGAAUAAGUUUUUCAGAGCGACACCUGAAUUAUUCAAACUCUCUUCGAUGACAAAUCCUCAUAACCGCAGAAAGAGAGACGAGACUGGAACAAUUUAUGAUUAUUAAAAAGUAUUGUUUAUAAGUCAUGGUUCAGCUCGAUUUCAAGAGUAUGAAAUAAAACAAAUUACAACACGACAGAGAAGGUGAACUUCCCUGAUGAAGUUCAAAGACGAUUAACUGUACGAGUUCCUCACAAACUCAAAUAACAGGACAGAAACUCUGAAUACAGAGCGGCUCUAUUUUCUACUUUUCAGACAGUUUUCAGCUUUGACCUUCAGACGCCUUCAUGGACACAGCAGGCCCGCAUCUGCCCAGCCAUCUGUCUCCAGCCGUCCCAUGAGGCGUCCUGUCAACGGCGCUCCUCAGCCCCGUCCUCUACUGUCCACAUGUAGGCUCGGUGUAAGAAAACCACUCCUCACUGACUGUGCAGGUUUCUGUUCCUGUACCUGCAAACCUCCAAAACCAGAGCUGACCUGACUGGAAAACCUUAAGAUGGCGUGUGUUUACGAAAACAUGCAGUUAAGCUUCAUUAUGGAACUAAAUCAAACCACUUGAUUUGUUCGGCUGCAGAAAAACAAACCAGCAAAGAAGAAGAAGAUAUCAGAGGAUAGACUUAUAUCUUCUAACCACUAAAACACUCAGACUGACCACCUCCAUCAGAGCUGCUGUUCCUCUGACGCCGCUUUAAUCUGGUUAGUCAGCACUUGGCUUGUUUUGAAGCUCGGUCGCUCUCACAGUGUUUGUUUACAAGGUUUAAAAGGAGCCAAAUUACACCUCCAGUGAAUAAGACCAGUAAAAACACAGUCUGGGGCGCCUCUCGAAUGCAGACUCGAGUCUUUCUGAGUCUUCUUAGUGGAUUUAGGACGUCAGGAGGGGCUGCCGGCUGAGCUGCCCCUUUGGUGUCAUCUAGUUUGUAUUUAGUGCUACCAUGACAACAAUCAAACUCUUCAAGUAUCAUCCGUUUAACCGAUUGGCUUCUUCACAUUUCAUGCAAUAUGACUGACGGUAACUAAGCAACCUGGACCUCAAACUAUUAUGAUUGACAGCUGAUUCAUCAGAUGCAGUAAACAGAGCCUUGCCAACUCCAAACUCACAAAAGAGACACGAUUACACAACUGUCAGUGUAGAAACACCAAAAUAAGUCCUCACUACAGUCUCCAAACACAACACAGUAAGGCUGCACGAUAUCAGAAAAAAAUAACAUUACGUUUUUUUCAACCCUGCGAUAUAGAUUAUGAUAUUAAAAAACACAGGAAUUUUUACUGGAUGACCUGAAUAUCACUUUAUGUUAUGUUGCACUGCUAAAAUCUUGUGGAUAAUUAACCUGCUCUGAUCUAACCUCUUUUUGUAAAUGUAAGUAAGAUGGCUUCUGUCUGUCUCAGAGAUCUUUUAACUUUUAUUGUUCUGGGAUGUUAUUCUGGAAACAGAUGAACACAGAACACGUUUUAGUCGACAUCAUCCUUCUUGUAACCGAAAUUAUUCCAGAUAACUGACUUUCUUUUUCUUUUUACCAACAAAUUCUUCAUUUUCGGUGGUUUUCUCUGUUCGUUGCUCAUUUUACAAUCCUUGUUGUUGUUACCAGUGUUGUGCCGAGAAUUGCACACACCUCGCAAAACGCGCACCGCUUAUAGUAGAGUGGUCCACGAAAUGUAUGAUUUAAAACCCAUACAGUUCUUAUUUGUUGGGCUAAACAGUGAUGAGGAAUGUUCCCAAAGUAAUUCUCAGCGGGUUUGCAUUUCUCGGCACAAUACCGGCAGCGCCAGAGACUCACUCAAUGUGCAGGGGCGUGGUUUCCUCCUCUCUGAUUUUGAUUGACAACUGGCAGGGUAGUCUGAUUGACAUCUGAGUAAAGAAUGAAUGUGAUUGGUGGAUCGCUGCACAGCACAUGCAGAGUACACGUACAUCGCGAUGACGAUGCUCAAACGAUAUAUCGUGCAGCCCUAUGACAAAGCUCUGCUCCGCUUUGCAGACCCUGAUCUCUGCUUGUCCUUGUCUGAGGAGAUAAUAGUUCAUAAAGGUGUGCCAAAUAUUUAAAACCCAUUUCCUAAAUUUGAUUAAAAGCAGCAGAUAAGAAAUUGAGAAUUUAAAAAGCUGCUUUGGUUGCAGUAUUUCCUCUAAGCUUUCAUUAAUGAAGUCUCCUCGGUGAAUGUAGUCCUGAAAGAUCACUGAGCAGAGACCCCGAGCCUCCUAAAAUCAAAACUUCUCUAACUUUUAAUUAUAGAGGAGCCACUUUGGAAGAGGAGGGAGCUUUUAUUAUUUCUACUGUACCUUAUCUUUCAGAUGAAGAUCCGCAGGUUGAUGCAGGGUGGAUAAGACAGCAGCUGUCAGGGUAUCUGCGAAGGGAAAUAAGAGAUCACUAUUACAUCUCUGUCUGCCUGUGACAUAAUGCAGAGCAGCCACGGAGCAAUCAGAGCAAUCAUGUCGUAUCUCCCUUCAAAGGCUGCUCCCAGUCCAGAACCAGGAAUAACAAUAACAAACUAUUAAUGCUGCAUUUACGUUCACUUUCAUCAGCAGAAAUAUGCAAAAAUGCGCCAUUAAAAGAUGAAGAAAGUUGCUUUGAAGAUCCAUCAGUUGGUGAUGUUUGCAUGACAGCAGGUUGCUUUGAUAUAAGCGAACAAAAUCUUUUGACAAAUCCCAGAGCUCAAACCCAAAUCUGAUGAUGGCAUCUCAGCGCGCAAUCUGCUCUGGCAAUCUGCUCCCAGGAAAAUAAAAUAAAAAACGAUGUCUCCUUCUUCUUCUUCUUCUUCUUCUUCACCUUGCCAGAGCACAAACCUACAGCAAGUUUAAAUAAUAUUACAAAUUCAUCUGCAAACUGAAAAGUGAAUUUCUGCAGAAAUGAAAAACCCUCGCUGGGUUUGAUUAGCAAUUUUCUUGGCUCUUGAAGAAGCUGACUUCUGCACGUACACCGAUGUAUUUAAUUUCCUGCUCCAUAUAGUCACUGCUGAUUAGUUUUCAAUUGAACAUUAAGCAUAAAAAAGCAAUCUCAUGCAUAUUCUCAGGGGGACUUCUGGGCCAAACUGUGAUUGUGAAAGACAUCCCAAUAAGUAUUCCUACUAUUUGUCAUUUUAGAAACUCAUUAACCCGACCAUCCUUCUGGAAAAUCUUUGAGUUGGCAACUUCCUGUCUGCACCUGUACCUAAAAACCCCCGCCGUAAUCACCUCAUAAACUUUUCGGGGGGAUGCUAUGAAACGUAAUGACCUCGUGGGAUCUCGACCCCCUCGUAGAUUAAUUCAAACAAAUGGUGAUGAUGGUGGUUUUGACCUCCAGCCGGGCUCAUAUCAGGAGUCCAGUAAGACUUGCAGAGGCAGCAUCCUCUGGAUUAGCGCGUGAGCACACCAGCUGGCAGCCACAUGCUGAUGCUGGUUCAGUUAAGGUUAAGGCGAAGCUUUCCUCCCCCUCACGCUCUCCAGUAUCUUUGUUUUGACAAAAGACCCACAGCCCCCCUGGACGGACAGCACAGCCGCUGUGUUUUAUAUCAAUAACAGCCUGCCUGAGUAGUGUGAUUCCACUGGACGUAAGGCCAUUAUCCUUUUGUUUCUGAGGUUUACAGUGAAAUGCCGGUCUCUGCUCCCCAUUUACAGGACCUCUAACAGAUUGGCUCUGAACUUAGAGCGCUGCCUGGGAAAACACAGAACAUCAGAAAGACAGAUAAGGCCUGGUGGAAAACAAAAUAGCGACGCAGGUUUCGACAAAGAUCCGAGACUAUCUCUAACAGCAUUAAAGUUCCCAGACCACAAAUUGCCCCUAAAUGCCUCUUGAUUUAUUUAGCUGAGUGCAUGGAUCUUAAAGCGAGCUGAGGUUCAGACGGUGACGUAGGAUAGUUUCACACGAGGAGGGACAGUCGAACCCGAAACACAGCGGAUCAGUCAGGCAAACGACAGGUUAAUAGUUUCCGAUCCUACGACUUGGAUUUAUGUUUUUUCUUCCAAAGCACACUACGAUGAAAACUCAUUUCACAGAUCAUAUAACGCAGAAAACUUUGCAUUUAAUGUCUGUCCGCUUAGAUUAAUGAUGCUGUGAGUGCUGCAUGGAUACAUGUGCUCCAUGCAGCACUCAGAGCGUCAUUAAACAUAGGUGGAUUCAAUGAUGAUGCCAUGAUAGUGAAGAGUGAGAAAUUAUGCAGAACAGUGACAUUUUAAUGCUUUUUAUCAUUUAUAUCAUUCGUGGAAAUCACCAAUUUUCAUUCCAGCCUUAAAAUCCUCCAUCGCAUCGAUAAUAGUAACAGGACAAAAUUAGAGUGUCUAACUGGGAUGAUAAAAUUUGACAAACCAGUUAGUCUAAAGCAGAUAACAGACAUUUACUUGAGAACAUUUAAUCAACAUACGAUCACAGAGUCUGAUGUUGAAUCAAACAGUAACCUCCAGUCUUAAGAAACAGAGCAGAAGUGCUAAAAACUGCAGUUCCUAGACAGCCCACUAGAGGGCCAGCUGCUAAAACAGUAUUUCCAGCUUCGGAAACAAACAGGUGACAUUACGGUGACUAAGUCUAUGUUAGAUAGGUCGUUGGUGUUAGCUAUAGCCGAUAAUGACAGAGCAGAUCGCUCAAUAGCCGUUUUAUGAUGACGAUAUCGAGUUUGUAGUUGUUGUAAAUUUAGCUUUUCCACCAAAUGAACAUUUUAGCAGUAAAUUUAAUCUAGUAUACUGUUUACACGUCACUUUUGUUGAGUAUAAUUCAUCAAGUUGACUUAGACACAGCCUUCCUACAUCUUCAUAUAUGUUUCCUAUAUUAAAAAAAUACUGCGUCAAAUAUCACUUCCGUGAUCGUUAGACGAGCUGACUCACCGUCCAUUUUAAAAACUCGUCUAAAAACACAUUUUUAAUCCUUAACUUUCAUUGAACGCAUUAGACUUUUUUUUAUAGAUGUUUCUUUUGUUUUUAAAUGUUUUUUUAAAGAAUGAAACAAUUAUGUUAGUGUUUAUUAUCUGCUAUUUUAUCUAUUGUUUUUAAUUGUUUGGAUGCCCGAGUUGUUUUUGUCUACUUCAGCACAGCACUUUGUUUGGACUGUGGUUGUUUUUAAGUGAUUUAUAAAUAAAGGUUAGAGUCGAGUCGAGUUGACAUCCUGGUGGUAGAGCAUUGUAUCUUUAGUUGCAAUGUCUGUGCUUCUACUUAGACACAAAACAUGACCACUAUUUUGACAUAUCAUAUAAAUAUUACUAAUUGAUUCAAACAAUCAAUUUUGGUGCUUCUUAACAAGGGUAACAAGACUUUGAUCGUCUAGUCAAGUAAACAUGCACAUCCCAGAAACACUUUAAUGUUUCUGGUUCUGAACAAACCCUCUAAAACUUUUUUUGUUUUACAAGCCCCACAAGUCAAUAUCAUUGGUCCUCCUAUUCAGAGAGCAUACGCUUCAACAGAGCCACCAAAAAUCUAAUUAUAGUUUAAAUUCCACAGAAAAAAGAAAAACAUGAGUCACUGUAGAGGGGUUGUUAUUCUCAGACUCUGGCGUGACGAUAUGGAGAAACCCUGACCAAAGCAAUCUGGUCCAGCCCGGACUUCAGACAAACGUAAACACCAUCCUUCACCUGCACAAUCCAAACCACAAACUGGAGCCACUACUGAGGGCGUACUCGAGUAAACACCUGCCCUCUGAGCCACUGGACAAGAGGCUUGUUCCACACUCAGGCUCUUCGCCUCCAAAACUGAAGAACUGUUUAUGGCGGUAUUGACUUUUCAAACCUCACAGCUGUGGAAAGACUCUGCUAUUGAUUUAGUAAAUGGAUACAAGAAGGUGGGAAAGGAGAUGAUACCACAAGCCUUCUGAAUCUGUCAGCCUCCUUUAAAACUAAUAAGAUGUGAUGAAGAGCGGGUAUUUUCCACUGCUGCUUUAAAUACAUUUAGACUUCGAGGGCCACCUAUAAUGUUGAUGUCUUAGUAUAACGUUACCAUAAUGGGUGUCCAUACAAAGCCUGGGAAUCCAAGUAUAAUGCAGUAUCAGCUGAUGUGUUUUCUAUGUUCUCUGAGCAGCUUGUUUCAAGAACUUUACAAGACUUGACCAGAAGAUGAUGAUGUCAGGCUCUGCCGUCCAAUCAGGACAGUGUUGAAGGAAACGCCCACCUAUAAACUCUUUUAAGGUUUCCCCUCACCACGACAUCGUUUUUUAUUAUCAAAACACCACUGAUGACUUUUUAGUAAACAGAGGCCAGUACAAGCUCGUUCUAUCUUAUUGACCUUUGUUUAAUGAUAGCAAACAUAAGAUGACUCAGAUAGCCUUGGAAGUACUUAUGGCAACAAAGCUGUGUAAAAAGUGACACCCACAAGCAGUGUCCGACUUUACAUGUGUAGCUGAAAUGAAGUGGUUCAGGCUUGACAAAAUGAAAGAUUAAAAUCAAUAUAAUUUAUUCUCUUUUGCGUUGAUUGUGGCGCCCCUGUGUGGACAGAGCAGUCAUUUGUACCUCUUUACAUUUUGUCAUCUUGUAAAUCUCACCCUUGGUUAUUUGGAGAGGGCUAAAAUGCUAAAGUUAAAAAAAAGGCUUUUUCAUUAGCACACAGUUAAUCAACCUGACAGAUUCAUGAUUUUGGUUAUUAGCAACUUUAUGACAACAAUCAAUCUUGUCACCGAUCGUCUCAUUUGCUUUCAUAAAUCACAGUUUUGGUCUGAUUCAAAAGCAGGAAAAGUCCUUAGAAGAGCUUAAAGCUAGGUUUGUAUAAAAAGAGGAAAGAGAGAGAGAGAUAAUCAAAAAGUUUCACUUUGCACAAUCACGCACAGCUCCAGAUCCUUUUAAUUCUACCCUGGUAGCAGCAUAAGUAAUCAACUUAGGCCGCUAUGAGAAGACUUAGUCACUCUUAAUCCCAGAUCAUAACUCCAGGGUGCCUGUUCUGAUCCCAAAAUUGGCGAAGGAGCUUCUUGGGAUGUUAGGAAUUAUAAAGACCGUUUAGAUAUCCUGGUCAGCCGCUCGGCAGAAACUCUUUUCCCUCAUACCUUCGCUUUAAGCUCUUCUUUUCCUUCCCUCUCUCUCCUCAACCUUAAAUGAACC